AACAUUUUUGACCAUUUUACUAUUGGUCGCUCUCAUUUUCCUACUCAUCUUUAUCAUGUGCCACAUUCUCGGUCUAAAAUCGAAAUCUUGGUUCCGUACAGCUGCCGAAGAAAAAAUUGGACUUUCGCAGAAUCACAAUAACGCUCUUUUCACCAAUGGCGGAUAUCUGAUGCAAAGUAAUUCGGAAAUUCUGCUCGGAAAUCACGGAAGUUUCAAACGUUUCGAUUCCGUAGAUCGUGAUGCGUCGCAGCAAUAUGGCAACAAUAACAAUAUUUCGAUGAAAUCCAUGCCGUCUCCCGCAUGGAAUAACGCUCAAGAGUCAUUUGGCAUCACAAUUCCGCCGCAACCGACACGACAACCUCCGAGACCUCCGCAAAUUUGUACCGGCAGAUCGUUGGAAGAGCGUCUCUUGAAGCAACAAAGUGUCCCAAUGCCAAUGACGCCGCCUCCGCAUACAGCUCCGUUGGCGAAUGGCAAACAAAAUACCGUCAUUCCUCGUCCCGUGCCGAAGAAGCAAAUGUCGGCGCCAACAUCUCGUACAAUUUUGCCUCCAUUGACGCCUCCCGUGAGUGCGGCAAGUAUCAAGCCUCCGCUCCAAAAACAAUGUACAAAUCCGUUUUUGGAAGAUCCCGAAGACCCGCAAGACUUGAUUCGGAUCGAAGAUGAACUAAAAUCCGCGAAAAAUCCCUUCAUUGAUGAUCACGAGGAAAUUUUCAGCUUUGAUCCGCACAAAAUUCAAAACAUGAUAGAUGAUACGCAAGAUCCAUUGCGCGCCUGCGAAGCUCGUAUUUCCAAACUUUCCGAGUCUUUUCGGAAUAAAAGUGCAAAUUUUCAUCCGAAUGACGUCGAAGCUGCUCAAGUGUCCUUAUCUAAUAGUAAUUAUCAAACAAAUCUAAAGCCCACAAUUUCGUCGAACAACGUCUCGACGACACUCGAAAGGUACAAAACCAAAACGGAGCUCUUGAAUCACAUCAAAGCGAUGUCCUCGAAUCUCGAUAGCACCAUCGAAGAUCUCACGAACAACCUAAAGUGCUUGGAUUCGCUGACAAGCACGGAAAAAACUCCCGCAUUACGAAAUCGUUCAAUGUCUGAAACGAGAGUCGAGGAACUUGUGAACGUUUUAAAUCUCGAAACGGAACUAAAUACCACAAAUAAUAAUCCCUUCUUUCCGCCAAAUCAUCACGAGUCUGAGGAAACGGCAGUGCACGAUCAAGCGCGAAUUUUACACAAAACGCCUUCCGACAUGCAUUUGGAGCAAUGUACGACACUCACGUCGUCGCCGUCAAGUGUGGGUCUUACGCGUUCCGGAAAGAAUUACAAUCUCGCACAACAGGCGGAAAUCAAUGGACAUCUUUCGUUCGUGCGGAGCUUGGAAAACACAAAAGCCAUGAUUCGCCAAAACUCGUAUGGGAAACAGACGAAUGGGUUGAUGCACUCGAGCACAAGUAGCGGCGAUACGAACAGCUUGAGUUCUCUUAAACGAGCGACGUCAUCGGAUUCAGUAAGCUCAGAGUCGUCAGUGUUGUUGGGAGAUUUGGAACAAAUUCGACCACCGAUUACGGGAGCUUUGUGUAUUGGAUUGCAGUAUGACAAAAAUAAUGCCACUGAAGACGGUUGUGAACUCUUUCUGUACGUUUUGGAAGCCAAAGACUUGGUUAGCUCUGAGUCCGAUGCCAUGGAUACUUUUGUAAGAAUUUACUUGGUGCCUGAUGAGAAAGCCAAUAAUGGACCGUUACAGACAAAAGUUUUCAAAAACUCCCGGUGCCCGAGUUAUCAAGAGACCUUCAGUUUCUGGAUCAACAAGACGACAAAUCGACAAAUAAAGCGCUCGCUAUGGUUUCACUUGUAUCACAAAAGCUCAAAGGCACACACUUUAAUUGGUGAAGCCGAACUAAAACUCACAGAAACAAGUCGUCCCAUCACGACAUGGCUCCAAUUAACGGAUUCGCGUCACAAUCAUUACAACUGGGGUGAGUUGAUGUUCUCCCUCAGCUACUUACCGACCGCCGAGCGUCUCACAAUUGUCGUUGUCAAGGCGCGAAACGUGCGUAUUCCGAGCACUGACAAGGUUUCAGCGUCAUCUGAGCUGCAAAAUGUCUUUGUCAAGGUUUACCUGCUGAAAAACGAUCGCAAAGUGUGCAAGAAAAAGUCGUCAAUCAAGCGUGGCGAACGAUGUCCCAUCUACAACGAGGCAAUGAUGUUCAGUGUUCCUCCCUACAUGCUCAACUCCAUUCAAGUACGUCUCACAGUCGUUAAUGCUACCGAUGGACCCGAUGGAAGACCCAUAAUUACGCCAAUUGGUCAUGUAAUUGUCGGAAGCGGCACUUCCGGCAAGGGGUUACGACAUUGGCAUCAAAUGCUGACAACAAGUUUGCGAAAACCCGUCGCGAUGUGGCAUGCCUUGCGUAUCACACAUCAUCGGGGCAGCAACAAUUGGGAUAAGAAACACCGUCAAGACGACGACGAUUGA